CGGCAGGCAGCCAGGCAGGCAGCGUGGCUCCUGGGGAAAAGGAAGCAAGUUGGAGGGAGCCUGGCAGAGCCGUGGAUCCUGCUGAGCUGAACUCAGCAGAGGUUACAAGCUCAAGGCAGGAAUUUUGACGCUCUCAAGAGACCGGCUCUGCCCCCCUGGCUUAGCUAACCCUACAAUGUGGACUCUGCCCCUGCUGCUCAGGAUUGGAGUUUUAAAAUAAGAUGGAUGAUUUGACGUUACUUGAUCUUCUGGCGUGCCCCGUGUGCUUUGAAAAACUCGAUGUCACAGCCAAGGUCCUCCCUUGCCAGCACACCUUCUGCAAACCAUGUCUCCAGAGGAUUUUCAAGGCCCACAAGGAGCUGAGGUGCCCCGAGUGCAGGACCCCGGUGUUUUGCAGUAUCGAGGCGCUGCCGGCCAACCUACUGCUCGUGCGCCUGCUGGAUGGUGUGCGCUCCGGGCAGAGCUCAGGGAGAGGGGUCUCCGUCCGCAAGCCUGGUGUGCUGACCUCACAGGACAGCAGGAAAAGCAGGACUAACCCCAGAGGCCUGCAGUCCAGCCCUUUCCGGCUCGUGCCGAAUAUCAGAAUCCACAUGGAUGGGGUGCCUCGAGCCAAGGCCUUAUGCAACUACCGAGGGCACAAUCCCGGUGACCUGAGGUUUAAUAAGGGAGAUGUCAUCCUCCUCCGGAGACAGCUGGACGAGAACUGGUAUCAGGGCGAGAUCAAUGGCAUCAGUGGGUUCUUCCCCACCAGCUCUGUGGAAGUCAUCAAGCAGCUGCCCCAGCCGCCCCCACUCUGCCGGGCCCUCUACAACUUCGACCUACGAGAUAAGGACAGGAGUGACAACCAGGACUGUCUGACCUUCCUCAAGGAUGAUAUCAUCACUGUGAUCAGCCGAGUGGAUGAGAACUGGGCGGAAGGAAAGUUAGGAGACAAAGUAGGCAUCUUCCCAAUCUUGUUUGUAGAGCCAAAUCUCACUGCAAGACACCUCCUUGAGAAGAACAAAGGCCGUCAGCCGUCUCGCACAAAAACCCUGUCCCUGGUGUCCUCAUCCUCCAGAGGCAAAGCGACCAACACGUCCACCCUCCGAAGGGGCCCCGGGUCCAGGAGGAAGGGGCCUGGGCAGUUCUCUAUCACGACAGCCUUGAACACGCUCAACAGGAUGGUCCAUUCUCCCUUGGGCAGCCCCAUGGUGGAGAUCGGCACCCCCGUGCUUAUCAGCUCCAGCAACUCCUCUGUGAUCACCCAGCACGUGGAGAAAGCAGAUGUUCCUCCCAGCUCUGCGGGACAGGUCAGCGUUUAUCAUCCCACACCUGCCUCCCCAGGACAUUCCACAGCCAUCGUCAGUCUGGCCGGCUCUCAGCAACAUCACUCAGCCAAUAUGUUCGUGGCCCUGCACACCUACUCAGCGCAUGGACCCGAUGAGCUGGACCUACAAAAGGGAGAAAGCAUCAGGGUCCUGGGAAAGUACCAGGACGGCUGGCUCAGGGGCAUCUCCUUGGUCACCGGCCGAGUCGGCAUCUUCCCCAACAACUACGUCAUCCCUGUUUUCAGAAAGACAUCCAGUUUUGCAGAUUCCCGGAGCCCAGGUCUCUACGCUGCAUGGACAUUAUCCACCGCCUCUGUGUCCUCCCAAGGCAGCAUUUCAGAAGGUGACCCCCGACAGAGCCGUGCCUUCAAGUCCGUCUUUGUGCCCACGGCCAUUGUCAACCCUGUGAGGACCACGGCCAGCCUGGGGACUUUCAGACAGGGCUCCCUUCGGAAAGGGCGGAGCAGCAUGAGAAAGAAUGGAUCCCUGCAGAGACCUGUCCAGUCAGGGAUCCCCACCCUGGUGGUGGGCUCCCUCAAACGCAGCCCCACCAUGGUCGUACGGCCCCAGCAGUUCCAAUUCCAACAGCCGCAGGGGAUCCCCUCAACGGCGGUGGCAGAGAUGGGAUCCAAGCCCAUUCCCACUGGGGAGCCCGCCCUCACGUGCCUCAGCAGGGGCAGCGACAACAGGAUCCACUCGGCAGCCAGUUCCAUCAUCAUGGAAGGCAAGGAAAUCCCCAUCAAGAGUGAGCCUCUACCCAAACCGCCUGCAUCUGCCCCACCAUCGAUCCUGGUGAAGCCAGAAAACUCAAGAAAUGGCAGCGAAAAGCAAGUCAAAACCGUGAGAUUUCAGAAUUACAGUCCUCCUCCCACCAAACACACCACCUUCCAACCCACCUCCGGAAAGCCUGAACAGCCAGCCACCCCUAAAGGAUCCCAGCCUGAAGCAACCCCCUUGGGCCCAGAGAUGACCAUCCUAUUCGCCCACCGAAGCGGCUGCCAUUCCGGACAACAGACAGAACUCCGGAGGAAGUCAACUUCUGGCAAGAGCAUGACCCCAGUGUCCACUGCCUCGGCCACACAGACCGUGUUUCCCAGCAAAUGAAUCUACAGGUGGCUUUUCCUAGACCCCAAAGAGACCCUGCCUUGGUAAUCUUCCCAGGAGGCGCUAGCAACAUGGGAUGCUGAUGAAAACAAGGGAUCUGAUUGGAUGGAAACUGCUCAAUGGAGAGUUUGUGGACCACGUGAUAUUCCUUGGACAUCAGGGAUGGUACAGGAAUACCAAUAGGCUGGCCUCCAAGUCAGAAGGGUAACAGGAGAAAGAACAAAUCUGUCUUCACCCACAGUAUCAAUGGGUGGUGUGCCAGGACGGAGGAAAGCAAAUGCGUCAUGUGCUGUUACAGGUUACACCAGCCUCCCAUCCCUCCUGUUACUCUGUUCUGUUGUCAAAGCCAGAUUUGAUCAUGCCAAUUUCUCAUACCUUGGCACCUAACUGACAAAUGAAAAGACUGGACAUCAAGUGCCUUUCAGCUCUGCGACUGGCCUGUCUCUCCAGCUCAGAUUUAGAGCAGUGCAGGAGAGAGCAUACUAUUCUUCUCCUGGGUGUUCAAGCCAGAGAGGCCAGUGCUUCCUCACAAUGUCCCCGUCGUUCACCCCGGCCCUCGACUCCCGAGGGAGUACCCUGCAUCCCUCUGCCACAUCCUCCUUCUUUUCCAUUCCAAUUCCAUCUGUCUUUCCCCCCCUGACACCUUCUGAUCCACAGGGUUUCUAUUAGAACAUCCGGAUCUAGGAAAUAAGGGUUUGGUACAUAAAGAAUCUCAGAUAAGAGAAAUCCAUGAUGUUAUAAGAGAGAUGCCACAGAGUGCAAUGCCUUACAGAGAGGCUAUUUCCAGUCUAAAGAUCGAAAAAUCAGUUAUCACCGUGCGUUCUGUUUUUGUUCAGAAAUAAGUCGUCUUCAAGGCGAAGUCAUUAGAAGAUAGUCUACUCCUGGUUUUAAAAAAAAAUUCUAAUCUAAAAUACAGAUUUUUAAAUUAUCUGUGCUACCCAGAGAGAGGCGUUCUACAGAUAGAUGCAAUUCACAAACACCCUGAGGCUCUUCAAGCCAUACAUUUUCACCUUCUUCCUUAUCUUAAGACGUCCAUAAGAAUCUCAUUUUUAAAAACACAUACUGCCCUGAUUACCAGUGACAAGAAUGCAGCAUCCUGUGGACGUGCCGGGUGUUUUAACAUUUGGGAUCCUACUUUUGCACUGACACAUCCUCAGUCCUUCACCCAGGCCUGCUUGUAAGCAGGAGCAGACAUCAGCCGAACCAUGAGCAGAGUAAGGAUUAUAUCUUGUGGUUACAGAAACCUUUUCUUCUACGUGAAGCUGUCCCACGCAGGACUCAAACUGGCGGUGCCCAUGUUCAUGGGUUGAAUAACUUGGACUUCUUCACCACACGCUUCUCUCGGUUAACCUUAGGGGAAGGUGAUAACAAGCAACGAAAAAAACCUCCGAGUAUUGGCUUUAUCUGCCAAAUGGUGAGUGAGAAAGCAGGAGGGAUGAUGAGACCACAGAAAGGAUAAUUCACUGGUGACAUCUUCUCACACGUGGUCAAUGACAGUGCCGCCAACUGUCAGUCAUCCCUUUUGUCUGAACUACUGGGACUAAAUGUUCGUUCCAUUUCCUCUGGGACGGAUUCGGACUGGGUUGGCUCCUCUUUAGCCUCAGCAGCAAUGAAUAUAGAGAUGCCGCCUUCAGAUUCUGGAACCUACUCGUUACUACCAUGGGGCCUUACGGCCCACCUAUGAAUAGGUUUCCAUGACUCCAUCUUCCAGGGUAAUGUCAUAGACUGUCUGAGUUGGAAGGAAUUUUACGUUUAUAUGUGAUGUAGGGAAAGGUUAAGUGCAGGCAAGCUGCCCACACAAAAGCAAAUUGUAUAAACUGGGGAGUGGGGUGGGGGCACCCACAACACAACAGUUAAUCCCCAGAAACCACUCGGCCACAUUGGUAGUUACAGCCUUGUCUUCAAGGCCCUCUCGCUCCGAUUUUCUUCUCACCUUGGCUUCCCCCUCUCACAUGUAGAGCAACAGGAAACCACCACUUUUAAUUUUUCACUUGCUGGCUUUUAAGUCUCUGGGAACUUUCCCGGGCUUAUAGUAGAGGGUUUUAUGGAGAGUUCGCUUUUCCUUUGAACCUGCUUAACCAGUCAACCAGACAUUUUCUUAAAACACAAAAUGAAGGAUCUGAUUUGCUCUGAGCCAAACCCAGAAGCUUAAGGAAAGCUCCCCCAUUUCCUCACGUUUUCAUCUCUGGACUUUCAGUUCCAGGAUCUAGAUUCCAAAUAGUCAUGGGUCAAAAGGUGGUGGGGACGGGGGUGGAUGAGUUAGAAUGAUUAGAAUGAGGUCAGCCCAGAAAUUUUCCCUAGAAUUAUUUGCUAAGCAUGAAGUUUGAGUUUCACCUUCUGGGAUUGUUCCUUCUUAUGAUUGUAUGUUGGUCGAGGGAAGAGGGUGUUGUUUAGGGGGGGAAAAGAGGAAAGAGAAAUGGAAGGGGAGAAAAAUUCCCUUUUCUAUGGAAAUAUAUGCAGGAAAGCUAUAGACUCUUGCGUCUCUGCUUGUUUUUUUUAAGUGCAGUGUUUUUAACAGACCAAAAGAGAAUCUUUAUGAGCUAAUAUGUAUGUGAAUAAUGUUCAUAAAAAGGGUAUAAUGUUAGUUGUUAUGGAUUAUUGUAUAAAUAAACCUUAGAUGUAUAAAACAUGUAAACAUAUAAAAAUUAUUUUAUAGGGCAGUGGACACUUAAGGACCUCCAAACUUUUCACGUCUUUGUUCCAAGAAAUAGAGUACCAGGGCUGGCACCUUCUUUCCUUAGUAUAUUCCACUGUAAAGCCCAGCGGUUUGGUGGAGUUUGGUUUGCUUUCUGGGUUUGUAAUUUAUCAUUUAUAUGGAUUACUUUGCAACGUCUAUUGCAUGUGGUCGGUGUUGUUUACCCACAUGGGGUCAUCAGAGAUCAAUGCUACACUUUGCAUCUUGGAAAACCGAAAGGAACUUUCUAAUGAGAAGAAAAACACACAGAACUUACCUUCAAUUGUUGGGUUAACUCUGAGUUGUGCCACCAACAGCUUGUUUUAAAUCUGAGCAAACGGGGGGAGUUUAACAUCAGAGUUGUUGGAUAACUUUUCUCCUAGGAAGGAGUCACAUGUUUUUGUUAAGUCCUUUUUCUCUUGGACUUGACAUGUUCUAGAAGAAACCAGAAGUUAUGGCCCUAAACCACCUUGCUUCAGGACCACUCUCCACCUUGGUUUUCAAAGAACUAUCCACAUGUCAAUUCUACAUUUUAUGUUCUGUGAUUUGGUGGUAGACUCAAUGCUUUUAGAGCCCCGCGUUUUACUUGUUUGGAUUUGUGGCUUUUAUGAAAUAUUAAGCUUGCUCCUUAACACCCAGGCUGAUCAGAAGAAGGAAAAGGAAAAAAGGGGGGCCCCCUUGCUGGAGAGGCCCACUCACACCUUUUACAUCAGCUGAGAAAAGUGGGCCAGAAACCAGUGCAUGAGAUACCAUCUGCUCUCCACACAGGGAGGGGUUAGUUGUGUGAAAGUGGAGAGAUUACCCAAGUCUCCUUUGCCAAAAAUGCAUAUUGUUCCCAGCUGUAAGCUUGUGAAGCCCGAUAUGUGUUUUAGCAUGAAACAAUAAAA